UCUAUGUACUCUUGUAUGUACAUUUCAUUUUUGGUUAGGGUUUUAAUUAAAUUACCGUGCGUCCAUACUGUAAAACUAAAGCAAUGUCAUCUCUUGGCCACAGGGGAGCGCAGUUUACUUAUGCUUCUGAACCCAUAGCAACAGCCGCGUUACACUGAAUCAUUUUAUCCAUCAUACCCAGAAUGCUCAGAGAGACGCCAAAAUAUCGAGGUUUUCAGGUAUCAUGGUGGUAGUAGGUGUUUUACCCUGAGGAGAGUAAGCUGAACCUGGUGCCAUUUUAUGUAUUCACUGCGAGGAAAACGCAUAUUCGAUUCUCAUACGGACGUGCUACCAAGCUACUGCUGAUGUUUAAAUCUAACUGCUGAGAUUCAUGGAAAAAGGACACGACAGCUCUUCCAGUAUGGCAGCGUCGGAGCUGUACACAAAGUUUGCUCGGGUGUGGAUCCCUGAUGCAGAGGAGGUGUGGAAGUCAGCAGAGCUCACAAAGAACUACAAACAUGGAGACAAGUUGUUACACCUCACUCUGGAGGAUGGAACGAACAUUGAGUACAACUUGGAUGAGAAGACCAAGAACCUUCCGCACCUUCGGAACCCUGACAUCCUGGUUGGGGAGAAUGACCUCACAGCUCUCAGUUACCUCCACGAGCCGGCAGUCUUGCACAACCUUAAAGUCCGCUUCACUGACUCCAAACUCAUCUACACAUACUGUGGUAUUGUCCUGGUGGCCAUUAACCCCUAUGAGAACCUGCCCAUCUAUGGUAGUGACAUCAUCAAUGCCUACAGCGGCCAGAACAUGGGAGACAUGGAUCCUCACAUCUUUGCUGUUGCUGAGGAGGCGUACAAACAAAUGGCCAGAGAUGAGAGGAACCAGUCUAUAAUCGUUAGCGGUGAGUCAGGCGCUGGCAAGACCGUGUCGGCUAAAUAUGCCAUGCGGUACUUUGCAACAGUUAGCGGAGCAGCCACCGAGGCCAACGUAGAGGAGAAGGUCCUGGCAUCCAACCCCAUCAUGGAGGCAAUAGGAAAUGCCAAGACCACUCGUAACGACAACAGCAGUCGUUUUGGGAAGUACAUUGAGAUCGGCUUUGACAAACGCUACCGGAUCAUUGGAGCUAACAUGCGGACUUAUCUGCUGGAGAAGUCCAGAGUGGUGUUCCAGGCGGACGAGGAGAGGAACUACCAUAUCUUCUAUCAGCUGUGUGCCUCAUCCCAUUUACCAGAGUUCAAGAAUCUAAAACUAGGUGGUGCUGAUGACUUCCACUGUACCAACCAGGGCGGGAGCCCGGUCAUCGAUGGAGUGGACGACUCUAAGGAGAUGAGCACAACACGAAACGCCUUCUCACUAUUAGGCAUCAACGAGCAGAACCAGAUGGGGCUUUUCCAGGUCCUUGCGGCCAUCCUGCACCUGGGGAACGUGGAGAUCAAAGACCGAGACUCUGACAGCAGUGCCAUACCUCCCAAUAACCGCCACCUCCAGGUGUUCUGUGAGCUGAUGGGCGUCACCUAUCAGGACAUGUCUCAUUGGCUGUGCCACAAGAAACUGAAGACAGCCCAGGAGACCUACAUCAAGCCCAUUCCACGAAUGCAAGCCUCCAAUGCUCGCGAUGCGCUCGCAAAACACAUCUACGCCAAAGUCUUCAGCUGGAUUGUGGACCAUGUGAACCAGUCUCUGCGUGCCAGUGUCAAACAGCACUCCUUCAUAGGAGUUCUGGAUAUCUACGGGUUUGAGACGUUUGAAGUCAACAGUUUUGAGCAGUUCUGUAUCAACUAUGCCAAUGAGAAGCUGCAACAGCAGUUUAACAUGCAUGUGUUCAAGCUAGAGCAGGAAGAAUAUUUGAAGGAACAGAUUCCCUGGACUCUGAUAGACUUCUAUGAUAACCAGCCAUGUAUCAACCUCAUUGAGGCCAAGAUGGGAGUGUUGGACCUGCUGGAUGAAGAAUGCAAGAUGCCUAAGGGGUCAGACGACUCAUGGGCCCAGAAGCUGUACAACACCCACCUGAAGACCUGCACUCUGUUUGAAAAACCUCGCAUGUCCAACAAAGCCUUCAUCAUACAACACUUUGCUGACAAGGUGGAGUACCAGUGUGAAGGGUUUCUGGAGAAGAACAAGGACACAGUGAAUGAAGAGCAGAUUAAUGUUUUGAAGGCCAGCAAGCUGAAGUUGGACCUGUUAGUAGAGCUGUUUCAGGAUGAGGAGAAGGCAACCAGUCCUACUGGAACCACCACAGGAGGCCGAACACGACUCAGUGUCAAGCCAAAGGAGGUCAGACCAGGAGCAAGCAGCAAGGAACACAAGAAGACAGUUGGCUGCCAGUUCCGUAACUCUCUGGCUAUGUUAAUGGAGACGUUAAACGCAACCACUCCUCACUACGUACGCUGCAUUAAGCCCAACGACCUAAAGUUCCCCUUUACGUUUGACCCUAAGCGAGCAGUGCAGCAGCUCAGAGCCUGUGGUGUUCUGGAGACCAUCCGCAUUUCAGCUGCAGGAUUCCCAUCAAGGUGGACGUACCAGGAGUUCUUCAGCCGCUACCGGGUGCUGAUGAAGCAGAAGGACGUCUUGUCGGAUAGGAGGUUGACCUGUAGGAACGUCCUGGAGAAACUGGUGCAGGAUCAGGAUAAAUACCAGUUUGGAAAGACCAAGAUCUUCUUCAGGGCCGGUCAGGUUGCCUACCUGGAGAAACUGAGGGCUGAUAAGCUGAGACAGGCGUGUGUCCGCAUCCAGAAGACUAUCCGCUGCUGGCUGGUCCGUAAGAAGUACCUCCGCAAGAAGCAUGCUGCUAUGACAAUCCAGAGAUACACCCGUGGACACCAGGCUCGCUGUCUGGUUAAGUUCAUGCGUCGGACCAGGGCGGCCAUCGUCAUCCAGAAGUUCCAGAGGAUGUACGUCCAGAGGAAACUGUACCGGCAGAAGCAGGCUGCAGCCCUGGUCAUGCAGACUAUCCUCAGGGCAUAUAUGGCCCGUCAGAAAUACCAAGGGUUGCUGCGUAAUCACAAAGCUGUGUUCAUCCAGAAGCACGUGCGCGGCUGGCUGGCUAGACAAAGGUACAAGCGCUCCCUGCGAGCCAUCGUCUACCUUCAGUGCUGCAUCAGAAGGAUGAAGGCAAAGAAGGAGCUGAAGAAGCUUAAGAUUGAGGCCCGCUCCGUGGAACACUUUAAGAAGCUCAACGUCGGCAUGGAGAACAAGAUCAUGCAGUUGCAGAGGAAGAUCGACGAACAGACUAAAGACAACCGUCUGAUUAGUGAGCGACUGAAUGGUCUGGAAACGUCCCACGCCUUGGAGAGUGAGAAGCUGAAGAUAGAGGUCUCCAAGCUGAAGGGCAUAGAAGAGGAAGCUAAGAACAACGCCAACCGUGUCACUUCCCUUCUGGAGGAGCUGGAGAGGCUGAGAAAAGAUCUGACCACCACCCAGAAAGAGAAGAAGACCAUAGAAGACUGGGCUACCAAGUACAGGGAUGAGAUGGAACAGAUGGUAGCAGAGCUGAAGGAGGAGAACGGUCUCCUGAAGACAGAGAAAAACGACCUGAACCGAAUGAUCAAGGAACAGAGCCAGCAGAUGACAGAAAAAAUGGCUCGUGCCUUAGCGGAGGAGACCCACCAGUUGGAGAGCGAUCUGAACGAGGAGAGGUCGCGCUACCAGAAUCUCCUAACAGAACACUUGAGGUUAGAGGAACGCUACGACGACCUGAAGGAGGAAAUCACACUAUCUGUGAACGUUCCCAAGGCCGGCCACAGGAGAACAGACUCCACCCACAGCAGCAACGGAUCAGAGUGCACCUACAACUCAGAGUUCGCCGAAUCAGAAGAAAGCUCCCGACACGGAGAAGAUGUGACCCGGGGCAUGGACACAUCUCUGACUCUGAAGCUGCAGAAACGUGUGACGGAGCUGGAACAGGAGAAGUCCUCGCUCCGCAACGAGCUGGAGAACAGAGAAGAGCAGUUCCAGCGGGCUAGAGCCAGGGAUGAUGAGGAGCAUAGGAAAUCUCGUGGAGCAGAACUGGAGUACGAGUCUCUCAAGCGUCAGGAGCUGGAUUCAGAGAACAAGAAACUAAAGCACGACCUGACCGCCAUGAGGCAGAGCCUGCUGGGUAAUGCCGGCGCUGAGGCGGGCGCGCCAGGAAGCGCACCCUACAAGGUUCUCGUGGAUCAACUGAACACCUUGUGUGAGGAGCUAGAGGUGCGGAAAGAGGAGGUCCUGAUUCUACGCUCCCAGCUGGUGUCACAGAAGGAGGCCAUGCAGCACAAGGAUGAGAAGGAGACUAUGACAGAGCCAUUGCACUAUGCAGAGGAUGUCCAUAACAUGAAAGACUCUGGUGCAAUCACUCAGGCUUAUCUAAGCCUCAAAGAGACCAACAGAUCUCCAAGGUUUAUGCGUAAACCAAUAGAAACCAAUGAGCUCCUAAAUCGGCUGAGAUCCCCCACCGCUGACUUCCAUAGGCUGAAUGAGGACGGAGAGCUGUGGCUGGUAUAUGAAGGGUUAAAGGAGACCAACAGACUGCUGGAGGGCCAGAUGCAGCAGCAGCGGCGUAGCUAUGACAACGAUGUGGAGGUACUGCGGGGGGAGUUACAAAGUCUCAAGGAGGAGAACAACCGUCAACAACAGCUGUUGGCCCAGAACCUGCAGCUCCCGCCAGAGGCCCGUAUAGAGGCUAGUCUGCAACACGAAAUCACACGACUCACCAACGAGAACCUGGAGAUGCUGCGGACUGAGGACCCAACUGAAUAUCGUACCGCCAAACUCAACAUAUUACGACGGAUGGUUGACCUCAUGGAACAGCUGGAGAAGCAGGACAAGACAAUCCGUAAGCUUAAGAAACAGCUGAAGGUUUUCUCGAAGAAGAUCGGAGAAAUGGGAGCUGGCCAGGGCGAGAGUGUAUCUCCUGGUCAGAUGGUUGAAGAGACAGUCCGUCCAGUGAACAUUCCUCGUCGGGAGAAAGACUUUCAGGGAAUGUUGGAGUACAAGCAGGAGGAUGAGCUGAAACUGGUUAAGAACCUCAUAUUGGAGUUGAAGCCUCGCGGUGUUGCCGUGAAUCUGAUCCCAGGUCUGCCAGCGUAUAUUCUCUUCAUGUGUCUGAGACAUGCUGACUAUGUCAACGAUGACCAGAAGGUCAGGACAUUGCUCACGUCCACCAUCAACAGCAUCAAGAAGAUUCUCAAGAAACGAGGGGAUGACUUUGAGACGGUUUCCUUCUGGUUGUCCAACACCUGUCGCUUCUUACACUGUCUCAAACAGUACAGUGGAGAUGAGUCGUUUAUGAAACACAACACUCCUAAACAAAACGAACACUGCCUGUCUAACUUUGACCUGGCGGAGUAUCGUCAGGUUCUCAGUGACCUGGCCAUCCAGAUCUAUCAGCAGCUCAUCAAAUGCAUGGAGAACAUCCUGCAGCCUAUGAUUGUCUCCGGUAUGUUGGAGCAUGAGACCAUUCAGGGUGUGUCGGGGGUGAAGCCGACCGGUCUUCGCAAAAGGACAUCGAGCAUCGCUGACGAGGGAACGUACACGCUGGAGUCCAUCUUACGCCAGCUCAGCGCUUUCCACUCUACCAUGUGUCAGCACGGCACAGAUCCAGAACUCAUCAAACAGGUUGUUAAGCAGCAGUUCUACAUCAUUGGAGCUGUGACGCUGAACAACUUGCUUCUUCGUAAAGACAUGUGCUCCUGGAGCAAAGGCAUGCAGAUCAGGUAUAACGUUAGUCAGCUGGAGGAGUGGCUGCGUGACAAGUCUUUGAUGAUGUGUGGAGCCAAAGAGACUCUGGAGCCUCUGAUUCAGGCCGCUCAGCUUCUGCAGGUCAAGAAGAAGACUGAUGAAGAUGCUGAGGCCAUCUGCUCCUUGUGCAACUGCCUCUCCACAGCUCAGAUUGUGAAGGUGUUGAACCUCUACACUCCAGUCAACGAGUUUGAAGAGAGGGUGUCCGUCGCCUUCAUACGAACCAUACAGACUCGUUUGCGGGACCGGUGUGAGACUCCUCAGCUGCUGAUGGACACUAAAGUCAUCUACCCAGUCACCUUUCCGUUCAACCCGUCCUCUCUGGCCCUGGAGAGCAUCCAGAUUCCAGGCUCUCUCAACCUGGGCUUUCUGACCCGUGUCUAACUCGCUCACACACACACACACACACACCCGUAACCAACACAUGGCUAUAAAUGGGUAAACAUGCAUUAAUGUGCAUACACAAACCAACCGCUUCCUAACGCACUUACAUAGACCACACAAAUACACGCGCACACACACCGACCACACGCACACACACACACGUGCUAAACUUCCAGCCUGAGUUUUUCUGUCAGUCCCAUCUUCCUGCGUGUACAAAUGCUCAGUCCUAUGAGAAUGCACCACUUUUCCCCAAUUUUCCCCCCUUUAAAAUGAGCUUUACCACCCACCUAGAACACCAAGAUCUUGUUCCAUGUUCCCAAGGUCCACUCUUUUUUCCUCUUUGUACUCUUCUCAGUAGUGUAGUGUUUUCUAGCAGUCCGGUUCUCCCAUAGGAAUGUAUUAUGAUACAUUAAACUGAAAACUUGCUAGUCCAGGGAUAGCAUUACAGCUAGCUAGUUCCUUCUGGCUGAGCUAGCAUCUGUUUUAUUAUAGGAUGCUAAUGCUAGCUCUUCUGCAGUCACCAGAAGCUAGUAGUUCAACAGUUAGCAUCGGUUUGGAGUACAUCGUUGGAGUACAUCGUUGUUGUCAUCUUAUCCACUGAACACAGUCAAACCAAUGCAGAAGCUGUUAUCUGUACCAUACUUCUUAUACAUAUAUAAAUACAUACAAAUAUGAAUAUAUUUAUCAUGCUUAGGUAUUUUGUGUAUUGCUUUCAUUUCUCUAACUUUCCUUGAAGACUUGAAGUUUUUCUUUGCAGAUUAACAUUGAUACCAUAGACAGGUAGGCCUAUCUCCCCAAUGUCAUAGGAUGGAGAGAAUUAUGGCCAUUAAAGUACAACUGGAGUAAAAUAGUAUUGUUAUAUUUGUUAAUAGCACAUUAACUAUGUAGAAUUAUUUAAUAAGCGCUAUUUAAUGUAGGUAUUUAUUUGUUUAGCUCAAGAUGUAUCAUGCUUUUAGAUGUCUCACUGCUGAGGCUUUGUCAUGUUUAACCUGCUUCUCUUGAAAAUAGAUACUUUAGCACUGCUGAAAGAGAGGUGGCAUAGAUAAAGGGGAAGACUAGAAACAAGAUUUGAAAAGGGCCACACGUGAAAUGGAGGCCCAAUACUUGACAGGAACUUAAGACGUGGGUGUAAAGGUAUACAAGUGUAGCAUGUUUAGACAGCUUCAGCUACAGUAUUUAUUUAUCUUUGUUAAGGAGGCAGUGUGUUUCCUAGCCCUGCUGAGGGUACACAAACAGAUUACUGAAGUACACUGAAUCCUGCGUAUCCACUAGUAACUACAUAUCUACACCUUCUCCAGGCUCCACCUUCUUUGCUCAGCUCUGUGGAUGUUUUUGAGACACGAGGUCCAUAGGUAUUACUUUCGGUGUUUAAAAAAAAAAAACAGAGGUUGUGUUUGUGUAUGUUCCUAAAUCUGGUUAUCACUGAGAUGGUCUUUCUGUUAGUCGGGGUGACUACAUUUGCUCUGGUAAACAACUGGAUUUAGACGCAAUGUCAACCGUGUUUUCGAUGUUUUCUCUACGAUGACGAUGUUGUCAUGUCUUUACUCCAGAAACAUAAUCACUGUUUUGUGGACCAACUAUAACACGGUGUACAGUCUCUCUGCUUUAACCUGCUGUUGAACCCUUGACCCUUUCUUCACUACUAAACUAGUGUAAUGACUCCUUUACCUGAAAUUGACCAGGAGAGGGUGACAUUAACCAUAAUUCUUCUCCUCUGAGGGUUAUUCUCUUUCUCUGCAGUGAGUUAGCACACAACUGUGGCUCCAAUAGAACCCGAGGUUUUGCUUGAUGUUUUAUAGAAUCAGAGAAGUUCUCCUGGCCUUCUCAUCACUAAGAAUACAGACCUUCUCACCUCUGUCACUGCUUAGCACUGGCAGAGACAAAGGGUUGAUAUACAUUUCUAAUCAUAUGAUCAUUGUCUCUCUUCCUUACUGCCAUCUGGGUUUACCCAUAACCUAACUACCUUGUUUUACCAUAAACAUUUGUGUUUACCGUGAACUUUAUUUACUUUCACCUUUAUUUUCCUACCAACCUUGACCCCUUGAACUUUAUACUUUGUGCCCUUGCCUAGCAACAUGUGACUUUAACAUUAUUAUAACUAUCGGUGAUGUAUGAGUCCAGUUCUUGUUUUAACUUGUUUUAUGUUGGAACUGAAUUCUCAAGGGGACCACCAUGAGUGUAUUGAGUGUAUGAAAAGUCAACAUUGCCUUUUUAAAUUUUUGCAGCAUUGCAUUUAAAUGAAGGAUUGUUAGAAGUAGGUGAUAGGUUGUUCAUCGUGUGUAUAGUAAUAUCACAUCUAGGGUACAAAUCUGCAAAACAGAGAACCUCAGACAAUACUGAAAAAUGUUACUGCCUGUCCUGCAGGUUUUACCCUUUCGAAUGUUUAGAGCUGCUGUUGAUAUGAUUACUUAAUUGGUACACGUUUUGGACAAAGCCUUACCAAUGACUUUAACGCACUAUCAUCUUGUCAUUUUCAUUUGACUGUUAUGCGUUCUAUUUUUAAAAUGUAUUAUCAUUAUUAUUACAGUGUUUUUGACAAGUUGUCAGUAUCCAAUAUCCAUAUUUCAAAAGCUGGGUUGGAAGGAAUGUUUUUUAUGUCUGUCUAAAAGCACUUUUUGAAAUAGCUUCUGAAGCAGUUUAAUAAAUAAUAACGACAUGUCUGCCCUGAACAUAUCUUUAAUGGGAAAUAAUGCCUAAUAAUUGUCUAAUCAUCCCCAACAUUGGUUUAAGGUCCUUCAGGGGUCAUAUCCAGGAGCUGAGAUCAUUUGCACAGCUGACGGCUUUUCCCAAAUGGAACACUAUUCCCUACACCUUGCACUACUUUUGACCAGAGCAGUGUAGCGAAUAGGCAGCCAUUUGGGACGUAGCACAAGUCAAUUUCUAUGAUCAUCCCUCUUUUAACCGUAUAGACAACCACAACCCCCAGCCCCUCUGCUUCUAUUUGCUUCUUUCUCAACUUCUGUCAUCCAUCCCAGGGUACAUCAGGAGAACUGGACUGUGUGUAUAAUUCCUGGUAGCUGUACUUAGUGAAUGUGUCCACCAUUAAGAAACUUCAAAUUUGUGUAAAUUGUCAGACUCUGUAAAAGACAAAUAAAGGAAUUCAGCACCGUCAA